ACUUCUAUCCUAACGGUGGAAGAAUUCCUGAACGCCCAGGCCAUCGCGUCCCUGUAGCUCCUGUAGCGCCGUUCCCUUGGCAAGUGGGUCCAGUCCCUGGCGUUUGUCGCUGGUUGCCGCAUGGUACGCGUCCACAAAAUAUCUAGCACACCGCCCGUUCAGAAUCCUCCGGCUACUGGCCGAAAAAUCCUCGACGUCUGCUUCGUCCAUGUUUCUCCGUCGCAUCCUUGCUCCAUCCGCCAGCUGCAGCUUCUCCCGCAUCCUUACCCCCCCCCCCCCAAGCUCUGUACUCCAUGCCCCCUCCUCGAGCUCCACCGAUCCGCCUCCAUUCCUCACCGACGCAGCCACAUCGGUUUGUCCCUCAGCGCCUCGCCCCGCCGCGCCCCCCUCCCCUCCCGUCGGCGUCACCCUCUCCGACUACCUGAGAGGUCAGGUCGCUGGUGCCGAGCACUUGCCCCCCUCCCACUGCCCUCCCUCUCAGCUCGCACCCUCCCCCCUCCCUCUCAACUCGCACCUGCCCAUUCGCCGCAUUCUUGCUCCCUCCGGCAUCUGCAGCUCCUGCCGCAUCCUCACCCCGUACGCAGCCUUCUCCCCUCUGUACGCCAUUCCUUCGCCUCGAGCUCCCCCGAUCCGGCUCCAUCCCUCACCGGCGCAACCACAUCGGCUUCGUCCCUCAUCGCCCCGCCUCGCCCCCCCCCCCUCCCCUCUCCUCCCCCGACGCGCCGGCGUCACCCUCUUCGGCUACCUGAGAGGUCAGGUCGCCGGUGCCAAGCACCCGCCCCCCUCCCUCUGCCGAAUUGCUGCUGAGUUUAGCCCACGAUGCAAUCGCCUUCUUCAUCAGCUACGACUUCCCAUGGGUGCCGAUACAGCUAUGUUUUCCACUGGGGCAUCAGGACUUGCAAAUUGGUACAACAGUUUCACUAAAUAGACAAUACAUAGAUGUAAAAAUUACUUGAUCUUUUUCAAACAAUAAUUUUAGACCUUUGUAUCUAAGGCCCUGUCCAUCACUACUUCAGCGAAAGCUUCAUGUUCAAUGUAUUCUUGCAAUGGCUAUAAUUGUGACAAACCAAGCUUUGGAGGAGAUAUUGAAUACCUUAGAAAUCUGAUAUAAUAAUCUCGGUUAGCCUGAACAAUAACAUGUAGUUCAGCAAAAGUUUUAUGUUCAAUGUAUUUUUGCAAUGGCUACAACUGUGACAAACCAAUCUUUGGAGGAGAUAGUGAAUACCUUAGAAAUCCGAUAUGAUAAUCUCUGUUAGACUAAACAAUAAUAUGUAGCCUAUUUUCUCUCCUGUUAUCUUGAUUGCAGCUAUAAUGGUGGUCUUUUUUUUAAUGAUAAAUAUGCUGAUUAUUGUCAAUAGCCAAGAUACAUUGCUGGUCUGAAAUCUGAAGAGUGGCAAAUGUUCUUGCUAAAAUACACAAACAUAAUUUUGACUGCAGCUGUACAAUUGUGCAGCCGUGAUGUUAUCUUUUUUACGUAUAUAUCUUUUUACUGAGAUACUUCUCUAAGAAUAGAGGAAAUUCGUUUUUUUCCUUCCAAAGGAAGCAAGCUAGGGUUAUUUCCACGAUUACUUUCUUCCAUUGUACAAACUUGCAUCUCCAACUUAAGCAAACAACCUUGAUGAAUGAUGACAGUGACACAAGUAAGUAUAAAUCAGUAUAGUGUUUCAAAAGGUAGCUUAUCUACACGCAAGGAGUUUCAAUAUUUUAGCUUAAUUGCAUAGAUCUGCUGGUGAGUAAAAUCUUUAUAGUCCCUUUAAAUAAGCUAUCACAGCUAUUACUGCUGCAACCUUAUACUUCACGCCAAAGAAACAACAUUAAAAUAUAAUCUUAAUGUUAUUUCUCAACUCCUACAGUUCAGUAUUAUUUCAUUUUCCAGUGUAUAGGGAAUAUCUUACUGUCAUUCAGCUUAUAUUUAUUGCUUUAAUUCCUAUAACUGCUGUCGCUAUUUAUUCAUCUUGAUCACUGAGAUUUUACAAACUAUUUACAAUAGCGAGGAAUAAUUGGUUAUAUAAUGCUUCAUAUAUUAGUUACAUCUCUUUUCUCUUCGUACU